CGCCCAGCGCCGCCCCCUAGCCCAGCUCACACAGGAAAGCCAAUGUCCAACCAAACCCCAGUCUGGAGAAGAAAGAAGAUCUAGGUUACUCUGUAAGCAGUUUCCCUCGGGCCAGCUCGGAGGGGAGGGGCAGAAAUAGAGAUGGGAGCAUUAGAGGAUGUAAUGGGUCCGAGUGAGAUGCCCCUCAUUGCUUUUUCUAUUCAAGUCUAACAUGGCAGUGCCUUUUACAUCCUGAAGUUGUCUAGCCAGUGUGGCUCUGCCAGACUGUGCAGAGCUGCUCAGUCCUGGAUCGGCAAAUUCGCAGAGGUCUUGUAAACUAGGAAUGUGCUGUGGAUUUUGAGAGACAGUUUGGUGAAUGAGGGCCAGAUAUUGCAACACAGAGGAACUCCAUGCACUUGGGAAAGCCUCAUCAUUGGCCAAAGAUGACCAUAUCUGAUUUCCAGUCCAGGAACAGAGCCCAGAGCAGAGUACAGGAGGAGACUGGACUGACCGCAGUGAGAAUUUGGAGCUUGUGGACGAGCGAUGGACAGCUGGACUCUCCAGGGGGACAGCUACUCCUUCCUGCGCAGUGCACCCCGCCACACCUAUUCCCUGUGCCAUCGUGACGGCACCCCCAACCACGUUGAAAUCUUCGACAUCAUCAACGUCCCUAGUCAGCGCAGUGCCAUUUCCGAGACCACCUGCCUUUGUGACAUUUUUGGAGACGACUGUGAGUCGCCCUCCCUCUCAAGCAGCCCUGCUGUAGGGGCUUUUGUCCCUUCCCAGAGGGAGGUGGACGGGACAGCUGCUGCAUCACCUCUGGUGGAUGAUCUGAACGACUCGGGCUCUUACCACACUGCACCAGGCUCCAGUGAAGGAGAGGAGGGCUUUGAAGAUUCAAGAGAAAGGCUUCACAGCCCCCUGUUGCAGAGUGAGUCUUCAGAGAGGAGGCAGACAGAGGGCGAGGGACUGAGCUCAGGGCAUCCAGAGGUUUCUGAGGACGGUAGCCCAAAUUUAGAGACAAAAAGCAAAUCACAAGUACCUCAGCUAAGUACAGCUAGCCCAUCAUCUGAAGUCCUUAACACUGGUGAGAGCACCCCCUCUCCUGGAUAUAACAGCCCCUAUACCCUCAGCACAGAGGGAAGGGCAUCAUCCUUGUCUUCUUCCUCAGUUGAAAAAAGAUGUUCUCCAUCCUCAACUAGUCCUAGACAAGCUCAUUCAGACACUGAACCAAGGAGAACCACUCCCACUGUCAAAGUUAAACAUCACAGCCCCUCGCAUCAGUCUUUAUCUCCGAGUCCCUCCCCUGAGCCUAGGAACUGUUUCUGCUCCUCCUCCUCUGAAUUAGUGAACACUCAAUCGUCACCUGAGUUCAGGGUCGCAAACAGCUCGCCUAAGCCAGAGAGUAGCUACUUAAAUCCACACAGAAGUCCCUCACCUGAGGCCACAUCCAAAGAUUUUUCUCUCGAUUUAACAGAAUCAGGCUUUGAAUCCAGAUCCACCCUUUCAUCUCCUUUACCUUCACACAGUAGUAGAGAGUCAUCAUCCCAGUCGAGAGAAACACUGGCCUCCCCUGAGCUGAAGAAUAGGCCCUACUCUCCUAAUUCUCAAGCAUCAUCUCCUUUUGCUGAACAAAGAGAGAGGGUCUCCCUGCUUGAUCUCCUCAGCAGAGGCUCCACACCUGAUAGCAAAGAUUGUACCCACACCUCUGAGCUGAUUUCUGAUCCUUCCACUGCAGGAAAAGACACCGCGACUACUCCUGAGAGCCAAGAUACAAGGUUAUCAGCUGAACCUGUCAGUACUAGGUCUACACCUGCCCCACGAUACACCCCCCCCUCACCUGUCAUUUCAAUAGCAACAUCUCCUGAGCUUGUGGAGAGUAGUGCCUCACCUGAAUUAAGACACACAGCUCCUUCACCAGGCCUGCUCAGCGCUUCUUCUCCGGCUAAGACUGGCACAAGAACUCCCUCUCCCAGCCCCUCACAUAAAAUAAGACACAUUUCAACACCUUCUGAAAGCAGGACCCAGGUGUCUUCACCUGUGGUAAGUUAUAGUUUAUCUCCAUCGCCUGAAGUUACGAACAACAGCUCUCCCAUAGAGCACAGACAUACUGCUCCCUCACCUGAAAUCCGGAUUACAGCAUCCUCACCUGUGGUCAGAAGGCGAGAGUGGUCUUCUGAAGUGGAGACAACAUCAGUGUCUCCUUUCCUAGAGCUUCACCCUGACUCUGACCCUGUCUCAUCAAGAAGCCUCACUUCUUCCCCUCACAUCACAGGGAUUUCUUACUCCAUUGUUCAGCCCGAGGACAGGGACACUCCCCCAUUUCCUGAGCUCUCUCGUCUCUCCACCCCUGAGCCUGAUAGGACACUUGUGUCCCCUGAAGCAAGGAGCCCUACCCCAAGCAGGGAUAGUAUACAGAGCAGUAUAGCAGAGUCCACUGGUUCACCAAGAGAGUCACCUUAUAUAUCAGCUCUGUCUAUAAGCUCUGUCCUGCAGCCUGACAUAACUCUGUCGCACCAACCUAGGUAUCAAACACCUUCACCUCAGCCAAAGCAUCACACUCCCUCACCUGAGCCAAGGUAUCAAACCCCUUCAUCGGACAAAUAUCAAAGUCUAUCACCUCAGCAAAGAAGUAGAGAGCCAUCACCUGUGGCCCCAUCUCCUGAGCAGAGGUAUCAGCAGCGUUCACCAGCAACCCUCUCCACUGAGUACAAACCUCAGUAUAAACAGCCCACUCCUUCUUUAAGAAAUACACCUGAGGUUGAGGAGGAUUCCACUUCAGCUGAUAUUACAGAAACACAAUACCCCACACAUUUGGCAGAGGACAGUGUGUCACCCUCAUUUGAAUUAGACAGGGCAGAAAAAUCUGUUGUAGCUGAAAUCAAAAGCAGUUCACCAGUGGUGGCAGUUCAGUCACCUGUAUCUACUUCACCUUUCUUAGCCGAGGAAAAGGUAGAGAGCUCACUGAAACAACAACGCACAGAGACAAACGCAACACCAAAGGAAGCCAACCUUCAAGAUAGCUUGAGUUUAGUCUCCCUCCCAGAGGAAAAACAAAGCAUUAGCCCCACUUUUGUUCAGAAAGAAGACACUUAUAAUAAUCCCCCCAUUGAAACCAAGUCUCCCUCCCCUAAUCUCCUUGUCUCUAAAGACAGGAGUUCAAACAUUUCACCUGUCCACAGGGCUACAUCUAACUCGCCUGUGCAGAGACUGGAAAACCCACAGCCUCAAUUCACUAUUCAUCCCCUUACUUCUGAAAGCAGCAGCUCAUUAAAAUCUAAAAGCUCAGCUCGUACACCUGAGCCGGCGAGAAGACAGCUGUCAACCAAAGUUAAACGUGGAAACAGAGAGAAUAUAACAGAGGACAUGGCCCACCAUGUAAACAGGAGGCGGACUCCCUCUCCGCCACUCACCAGGUUUACACCUGUCCACAUCAUAGCCCCUGAGAAACCAUACAGACAGUGGCAGAACAGAAGCCGUAGCCCCUCUCAGGUUGUAGCGGCCCCACCGUGUGGUAAUUUUAAGAAAGCGGUGACAAAUAGGGAAAGCCCCAAUGUUGCUUAUGUUGACAAUAAUAGCCAGGACCACUGGGUCAAGCAAGGAAGGCAAUUCGAGAUGGACAGGGAAAUGCAGCUGGAGGAGGAUAGGGAGGCAGGAAGGGAGAGGCAAAGGGAGAUGGAGAGAGAGAGAAAGAGGGAGGAGCGGGUUUCGGAAAAGGGGAAGGGUUGGCAGGGGGAUGUCAGUUACAGAGGGGAACAGGUUGAGCUGUCAUUCAAUGCCAGGAAUAGAAAAGGGCCUGCGAGUCGCAGUACAGCUCCCACAAGCAGAGAGACCCGUCAGGGACUGCCAACAGUGCAUUCCUAUUCAGAGAGCUUGUUUGCGACCAGACAGCAACAACAUAGUCUGCUUAGACUUGCUUCCAAACAAGACACCAGGGGUGGUGGUCCUGGCAGACGGCUUCAACCUCCUGCACCCCACAACAAGAACAGUGUUCCUGGACGUGUGGCUGCAAACAGGCCCUGCCGGAGUUCCAGCUCCAGCAUGGGAAGUGAGCUCGAUGAGGCAGACGAUGAGGUGAAGUGGUUUACAGACUUUGCUUUCCGCAGCCUGUCAAGCCCUGAGGUAGAUUACCUUGACAUGUACAACUCCAGCCACCGUUCAUCCACCAACAUUUCUCAACCAUCUACCCAGGAGAGCCCAGCUGGGGUCAGUGCCGCCUGGCCGGCCUAUGCUGACUUCAGGGGUUCUGCUCCAAAGCUGGACAAUGAUGAACUCUCCUUCCAGCAACCAUCUGCAUACUACUCAGAUGGCCUAGAUCCAUCAAGGCGCCACGAGCUGGGCAGCUUUGAGUGUGUAGAUGUGGCCGUGGAAAGAGAGGACUCCAGGAGAGUGAGGAGAGGAGUGCCAAAGAGACAGAUCCAGCUGAAAAGAAAGAGUGAUGCUGAAAGGAAGCAGGAGGAAAGCAGUGAAAAUAGUAGUCCUGGGAUGGUGGAAAGCCCGUCUCUAGAGAAUCACUCCAGAGAGACAUUCAUUAGACAACACAGUACACCAGCAGCAAUGCAAGAAUGCUACCCUUCUGAGCACAGCCCUGAGCCCAGUCAACAAAAGGAAAGAAAAUCUAAACUCCAGAAAUCUGCUUCUCUGGAUGAAACAAGCACUAAAACCAAGAUGGCCACUUGUCUCAUCAAGAGUGUGUUGUCCAAGAAGAUGCAGAGUGUCGAUAAACAACCUGUUGAGCAUGCAGGAGAAGAAGAAAGUGCCGCUUUGGAGGAAAACAGCCCACCAGCAGCAGCACCACUGAAAGAGUCCCCAAAACCUGACCCAUAUAAUCUCAGUUCCAGUCUUCAGUCAGAUUAUAGUGUUUCAUCUGAGGGUCUCCCUGUGAGAGUAGAACCACGCACAAAGGAUGAAGCCAAACCACCAAAAAGCUUUGGAGUGAGAUCCAGUAACAGGCCAAGUUCAUCCAGCAGCAGCCGAAGUGUUAACUUUUCACAGACUGAGUGUGAAGAGGCUGAUUCUCAGAGCAGGAAUGAAACCUCAUCAAUAUCUGAAAUGAGAUCAGAAUUGAAAGUGCCAUUUGAUAGUAAACAGUCAAGAACUGGAGUACAACGAGCCGAUGACAGUGAAACAUGGGACGGAGGGGAAGGUGGUGACUCAGCAAAUGCCACUGCAGGGAACUCUGGAGCUUCUUCUGCCCCUAAAGCCAGCAGCACGCAGGCCUGGGUGACAAACAGAGACCAGGAAUGUGAAAACACAAAGGACCAUAAACAACUGCAACAGGGUGCCAAGGGCGCCUUCAUGUCACAAACACAGGAGAUUACACUUAAAGCCGUGGAGAAAAAGAAAGCCUCUCUAAAUGUCUGUCUCACACCUGAAGCGGAAAACAAACCUGAGGCUUCUUCGCCAGAUACAAAGGAGGAAAGGCUAGAGGCCGGUGUAGAUGAGAAAACAGAGGAAGAAGAAGGAAAUUGGAAUAAUAAAAUGAAGGUCCCCAUUCACAAAGUUAGAGAUGUGAGGCGGCUUGUGAAAAAUACAUAUAAUCUGUCCUUCAAGGCAACUAGUGCUGUAAUGCCAUCAAAUGUGGAUGAAGAAAGGAUGGACAUUAUUAAUGAGGGAAGGAGGGAAGAAAUAAAAGAGGAAAGGAGGGAAGAGGUCAUAGCACAGAAGGAGAGGGAGGCAAGGCAAGAGAUAAGGAGGGGGGAGAGGAGGGAGGAGAGGGGAGAGGAGUGGAAAGAGGAGGUAAAAGACUCAAACCUGCUACAUUUUUCUCCACCUCUUCAGAGCAAAGGAAGUCCUAUAUCUCGUCCACAGCCAAUGCAAAUAGAAUACAAGGCUGUUUGCUGGAAAGAAGACAAAAAUAAAAUGUCAUGCAGCAAGAAAGACUUAGAGAACCCAGGUGACCAGGCCUCUCCAAAGCUGUCCAAACAGGUAGGCAGAGAAUCACCACUGAAUGCAAACACAGUGAAUUACACAACAGGAGACAAUGCAAUUGCAAAGCCAUGUAAACAUGAUCUAAACAUGGCAGCAGAAACACAAGAGACUAUGACAGAAAUGCAUAAAGUGUCAGACAACGAGGACAAACCUGUGGUGGUGAGAACAGACCAAAAACCUCCGAUGCUCGGGAGCUUCCCCAAACUGCCCAAUAAGGAAAGAGAGGUGUCCACUGCUGUAGUGUUAAUAAGGGAUGGAUCAAGCAAGACCAAGACAUCUGCAUCUCCAGCCCAGGAAGAGAUUCCCACCCCACUCCAAGACCCAGCUGCUUCACCUUCACCUGGGCCCACAAUCCCUGGUGUUACCCGUGGUAGCAGUGGCCACUCAGUUUCCAUGUUAUUAAAGGAAAAGGGUUACCAAGCUGACAUUGGAGCAGUGGUGGGGGCCAACCAGAAUGCAGCUGGAGGUAAAGGGGUACCCCGGAAGCAUGUGAAUUGCCUACAGAUCCCACUGCAGACAACCACUCCUUCAGAUGGAGUUCGGAUUGAGUCUCAUAGAGAGAGGACAUUCUCCUCCUCAUCCACCACGUCUGGCCCCUCAGCGGCAUCUGACAACACAGACAUUCUCACAAAGACCAGAGAAGACGAGGGAUUUAGCAGUAAGCCUACAGUAAAGGACACAGCAAAGCAAAAAAGUGCCGCUCCGCUGAGGAAUACGCAGGAGCAAACACCACCUCUCACCAAACAGAAAGAACUUGGAGAUUUCGAUGCAAUGAAAAGACAGGAUCCAACUUUCCCCCCAAAGUCCCCUGCAGUAAGGAGAUUCAGACCACAGCCAAUUGAGGUUAAAUCACUGUCUAAAGAAACACAAAAACAAGAGACGCCCACAAACUCUACAGGUAACAGCAGGCCCCAAACCAUUGAAGUCAAAUCUAUAGCUAAAAAUUCUCAAAAACCAGUGGUGCCUCCAAAACCAAGCUGCAAAUUUAAACCUGCAGAUUUAGGAGCAAUGCCAAAUGAAGCGCAGAGACCAUCAGCAAUAACAUCGACUGUAAACCCACAAGGUGAGGAAAGGCCUCAAACAAUUGUAGUGUCCUCACCGACAAUCUAUAGAAAGAUCUCCAAUGAGUCCACAUCAGCAUCAAACUAUACAAGAAAACUAGCUGUGUCUGCAGUAUCCAGCCUCAAACCUCCACCUUGUAAAACAACAGCAACUACCGUCUCCAAUCUGUCAAACCAGUCAACAGCGCCAUCAGAGACCGAGGCAUCUCAUGACAGAGGUCAGCAGCAAAGGCCAGGGGCCUCGCCUCAGAGCUCUAGAUAUACACAAAGACCCAGAACCUUAGCUACAGCUCCAAUAUCAGCUACUGGGCCAGGUUCAACCUCAGCUCCAGGUCCAGUGUCUGACCCAAAAGUAAAGCCUGUCCCUGGACCUGACUCAGCUGGAGCCAACCAGCCAAGCCAGCCAGCUGUUAUGGAUCCAGACAGCCAACCACAGUAUCCCAGGACGGCAUACCCUCAUGAACAAGCUAUGCCGGUUACGUCAAACAAUGCAAAACAACCUGCAGCUGUUUCGACGACACAAGUGCCAGGAUACACACACCAACAAUAUUGCAGAUCACUCUCCAGCGAGCGCGCCCAAAGGACAGAGGACCUGCGUUUCUAUGCCUCAGAUGACCCUCCGAGCUACGAUGAAAGAGAGAGCUUCAGUCCCCUCAUGCUCCCAGAUCUGACUUCCAGGAGGUCAAAUCGUUAUCAACCCUCCUCCCGCCCUCCUCCCUGCUCCUGCACAGCUAGCUGCCCUUCCCACCCUGGUCUCACCCCUCCUCACCAUCACCACAGCCCCCAUAACCUCACCCCUCCUGCCCCUCCACACUCUCCAGGCCAGGCACUACCUUACCCGGUGGCCCAGCCCCCCCCUCUCCGUCCCCACCAGUGCAGACCUGACCCUCAGCCAAUGAGCUACCAGCCUGGCUCUCCCAAAUCAAGUCCUCUUGGUCCAAGCCAGCCACCGGCCAUGUACCAGCCUCUCCACCAGCCUCCUCCCUGCCCUCCCCACCCCUCACUAAUGCAGGUCUGCCCUCCUGACCGCCAAUUGCAGCUACCUCAGCAUAUUGACCCUCGACGACCCCCUGCCCACAGAUCUCCUCAGCAUCAGCCGCCAGGCAUGGCUGGGGCUCCUUAUAGCGAUCCUGGCCACGGCCACUCUCCUGGCCUUCCUCCUAUGGAUUCCCAGUACCUGUGUGGCCCUCAAAGCCUGGGGCCAUCCUAUGGCUCUGAAUAUGGGGGUGACAGCUCCAGUUUGUACUCAGAGAGUAGCUAUGGACAGACACCUCGUAGAGUGCUGCUGGAUCCUGAGACAGGGAAGUAUUUUUACAUUGAGGUGCCUGUACAGCCCCUGAGGAAAAUGUUGUUUGACCCAGAGACUGGGCAAUAUGUGGAAGUGCUCAUCCCACAGCAAGCAAUGUCACAUUCAGGCCUGUAUCCUCCUUCAGCAGCCCCCUACACAUCUCUCCACAACCCCAACAUGUACGCUCCUGCUCCGCAGUACAUGCCCUAUGCAGCUCCUCCUCCCCAUGCCCACCCCCAGGCUCAGCCACCCCGAUAUCCCGAGGCCUCUGCUGCAGCAACAAUGCACCAAGGUGGGCCUGGGGUCAGCUACAGGAAUACCUCUGGUCAGGGGUCCAAGCCAGAGCCCCAGAACCAUCCACCACUGGACCAGAGCUACCUGGAGAGUAUGUAUUAUGUCCCUACAGGGAUGAAUGCUAGCCCCAAUCCCACCCCACCAGACUAUUACCACAAACAUCUCCCCAACCUACCCCCAACAGGAGGGAAAAGGUCCUGAAAUAGAGGACAGAGGCCGCCUUCCUGGAGCCUGUUGGGUUUUAAAUACACAGUGUAUGAAGGGGGUGUCUAAUGUUAGCCUGUAAUGUUAUUUGAGUUUUCACAUUGCAACUUAAGAGAGCAAUUCUUUGGUUGUUGUUUAUUUGCUGCUGCUUGUUCUGUGCUAUAUGUUGCUUUAAAAGCACAAUAUAUACAGUAUAUGAUUGUUGAGUUAAUAGUUUUGAAAACACAAGACAGUAAGGCUUUUUUUAUGAGGUGUUCUUAAGAUUAUUAUGAUCUAUUACAACUUUUGUCACUUUACAUCAUACUGUAAGUUCAGCAGUAAUGCACAGCCACUACAAAUCAAUAGGUUUACUGAUUUACUGAUGUGUGUACUUUAACAACAAAUGUCUCCAAAAAGACUUGAAAAUUCUGUUUUGAAAGAACCUCAUAUUUAUUUUAUUAUUGUGUUUCUAUAUUAUUGGAUGAGUGAUUUUGUGCACAUGAUGUCUGCAACUACAAUGCCAAUAAAAUAUGUCACAUAUUGGGUUGCUCUGCUCUGUCAGGCCGUCAUCUAUUUUUCUACAGAUUAUUUCAGUAGUUCACUAUCUCUGCAUUUAUUUACUAGCCAGGUCAUGUAAGGUGACACAUACUGCAGCUUUCAAGCUAAUAUCCCUCCUAUAAAAUGUUAGUUUAAUCAGUAACCUCAUUAGAGAUGCAUUGAUUUCAGAAAAAAACUAUGCAAUGUCUAAUGCAUGUUGUAAUGCUUUGUCAAAUAUUAUAAAGUCAGUGGUUUUAAUAAUCAAAUGUUAAACCAAGCAGUCUAGAAUGGACAAUAAAAACAGGGAGUGAAUGUAAAGAC